GCUCAGACACGGUGAUGCCCUCACCAUUUCCAUCAAAAUCACCUCACCAUUUCCAUCAAAUCAAAGAAAGCAUCGAUCGAUUAGGGUUGCCCCGCUCAAGAAAUCAACUCGUUGCCUUUCUAUUUCCAUCCUCGUUCACCACUCGCCGACUUUCCACUACCCCACCGGUCACGCCAUUGUCAUUCCUUCCACCGAUUCGUGAAUCACAAAGGCUUUUGCUUUACAGUUUGAGUAAGAAUCGUAAGCAAUGGAGGUCGUCGUACCUAUUGUUGAUGACGGGAAGGCUCGCAGCGAUAUCUUGCUUUUUAACCGCUGGACCUACGAUGACGUUCAGGUUCCUGAUCUUUCUGUACUGCUACUGCAUCAAAGCACCCAAUCUACAUGCCUCACACAACUGGAAGGUACCAAGCAAGGAGGUUCAGGAAGGCUCAAUGCCCAAUUGUGGAGCGAUUAACCAACUCUCUCAUGAUGCGUGGAAGAAACAAUGA